AUGUCUAUCCCCUCGUCGCUCGCCGUCAACUUCGGCCGCGUGGCGACCUUUAUUCAGGUUCUCUUCUACCUGCCCCUUGCGCUCGACAUUGCGGGCCAGGACGCCUUCCUCGCCCUCUCGGCGUCGCUCGCAUCCUACUACUUCUUCCUCUCCACCGUCCGCCUCCUCACGCGGCGCACCCGCCUCGCCUGGAUCGGCCAGACGCUUGCCAUCUUCCAGUUCGUCGUGGUGCCCGCGUGCCUGCUGGUCUGCUGCAAUGUCUACAGCCCGCCCUCGACGACCAUCUUCCCGCCUCGCCGCUCGGAGCUGGCUGGCGAGGUUCGCAGCACCGGCACCGUCAUCGGGUCCAUCAUCCACUCUGCCCGCGGCAAGGACGCCAUGGCCGGCUUCGACCUCGACGACGCCUCGACCGGAUCCGCAUUCCUCGACGCACUGAUCCGCGCAUCGGCCUCGGCCUUCUUCUACCUGGCUCGCCACGUGCCCGGGUGGUGGCACACGCUGCUGCGCCUCUCCAGCCCGCUCUUCUCGCUGCUCGAGGGCGUGGCCUCGCUGCUCGUCAUCCAGUCGCUCGCCUCGACCAGCCGCUGGAUCAUCGCCUCGUCGCUCGCAGCGCCCUCGACCAGGUACCAGACUCAGGGGCCGGCCUCGGCGGCGGCAGCGACGGCUCCCCCACGCCGCCGGUGGUUUUCGGAUGCCCUCCUCUUCCGGUCGCUCUCGUCGCUCGGCUUUGGCGCUUCCGAGGUCUGGCAGAUCUUCUUCCUGCUGAUCAGCGCCACGACGUACGUCUGCGCCGCGCUGGCCCUCUACGUCGGCUUCGAGGGCGCCACCAAGGACCGGCCGGGGACGGCGGCGGCCAUCGCCACCAGCGUCACCAGCACCGUCUGGCUCACCGUCAUCGCCUUUGCCAUCCGCAAGGGCAACGUCAUCGAGACGUCGCUCAUGUUUGCCUACGUUGUCUUCAACAUCUACCAGCUGGGGCCGUCGCUCUCCUUCACCCCCGACCCCAUCUCGCUCAUCCGCUCCUUCAAGGUCAACACCCGCGGCGCGUCCUUUGUCGACUCGCUGCCGUCGUCGCUGCAGGCCCCGCUGCCGUCCAAGAUCCUCCAGGCGUUGGGCACCCUGCUCGAGGUGCUGGCGCACUGGCUCGGCCAGAGCCUCGACUUCCUCUCUGCGGCGGGCGCGGCACUUCCCAAGAGCGUCAUCGUUUCGCUCGUAUACCGCCUGAUGGUGCUGUACGCCGCCAGCCGCAUCCUGCCCAUGCUCAAGGGCAAUGUCGCGGCCCCUUCGCGCUUCGAAGAGGGCGGACCUGCACGUCGUGAAAGCUGGGGCACGGCGAGUGGCAGCAGCAAGGCCCGCGCUGGCGCCGACAAGGACGCGUCGGAAGGUGGGAACGCGGCCAGCGGAGCGGAGACGCGAGGAGACGCUUGGGCUCGUAAGCAGGCGCCGAACGCCGACGACGACACCGAGUCCGUCUCCGACUCGACGUCCGGAUCCGACUCCGAGGAGAGCGGCGCCGAGGUCGAGGAGUACGAGGAGGAAGUGUGGGACGAGGACGAGGGGCGCUGGAUCCUGCAGAAGCGCAGGCGGACGAUUCGCCGACGAAGGAGGUCGCGCGGGCGGCACAGCGGCAAAGGCGGCUUCGAGGACGAGGAGAGCGACGGCAGCCAGGUCGAUCCGUGGGCAGACGAGGAGGAGGCCUAUUCCGAGGACGACAGCGGCAUCGCCUACAAUGACGAGGUGGCGUCGCUCAAGGAGGCGGAUGAGGCGAUCAUCAAUGACCCGGCGGGCGUCAAGGAGCCGCCGCCGGACUCGGACGGCUUUGCAGGCGACCCCGCGGCUGCUGCGGCGGACUCUGGCGCCACCGCACCGCCGCCUCCCUCGACCGCCGCCGCGACGGCCAAGGGCCGGACCGGCCGACGCUCGCGGACAAAGUCUGGGCGGCGGGAUGAUCUGCAAAGCCGUGGUGCCGCAGGCCCAUCGCCCUCGGCAUCUACCGCCGGCGGGUCGAAGCCAUUCGCCCCGCACCUGAACCUCGACGGCCUCCGGUCUCGCAAGCGGCGGCGCGACGCCUCGGGCUCGUCUACGCCCUCGUCGGCGUCGUCGUCGUUCCGGCGCUCGUCGAAGCGGCGCCACCGCUCUUCGCCCACGUCGUCGAUCUACUCGGACGACGGCGACGACGAGCAGGAGCCGUUUGGCGCGUUUAUCAGCAUCCUGGUCAGCUACUCGCGGCUGAUCCUGAUCGCCGUCUACUCGCACCUGCUGCUCCUCGACCAGAAGAACCAGAUCUACUGGCGCUUCCUCACCGUCGGCCUGACGCUGACGCUGUGGGGGCUCGAGCUGGUGAUUAGCAAGGAGGACGAGGUGGACGUGGGUGGCGGCGGCGAGAUGCUGGCGCGGUAA